UGGAGGGGGCCAUCGGCGUACAGUCCGCCGCCGCACACAGUCGUGCGCGCAUCCACCGCAGACAUGGGUUCGCCUGCACCGGCCUAACCAGAUACCGUUUCCCAGACCAAUCGAAAGUGACCUCUUUCCCAUUGUUGUGACCCAAUGAUGACAGCUAUCGGUGAUUUAUAAAAAAUAACAAAUAAAAUAACAACGUGACAGUGUCAAUAGAAAGUGGCUAAUUUCAAAGGAUUUUCCGGUUGACCCGUGAAGACUGGUAAAUAUGGUGCUGCUUGCCCGUAUACGUCUCCGGCGUUGGCUGGCCAUGGUCUUGCUCACGAGCGCCCUACGUGCUAUCGAGGGUCAGUGCCCAUGGGAAGGAUCUCCUGACCUUCACGCGUCCUGUGUCUGCGCUUUAAAUCUAGCCAGAGAUCUGUCGGUGCAAUGUGAUCAGGUUGACUUUCCAGCGCUACUGGCGGCACUGGAUUCAAGCACCAAAAACGUCCCUAUUGACCUCCUUUACAUAAACAAUUCGACGAUACCCAUUCUUGCUAAUGAUAUGUUUGCAAAUCUAAAAAUACAUAACUUGCAAAUAUCAGCUUGCAAAAUCAAAAAGAUUGAAGAUGAUGCCUUCAGGGGUCAGAGUGCCUAUCUCAAGAAUUUAAAUUUGCAAGAUAAUGAACUGACAGAAGUUCCGGUCAGAGCACUAAAAAUACUCACAAAUCUAUCACUUUUAGACAUAUCGAAAAAUCGGAUAUCUCACAUAAACAGUCAUGCAUUCGUUACACUUAGAAAACUGACAACACUAAAAAUAUCGGACAAUAACGUAACUUUGGAAGCACUCGCUUUGUCGGGAUUGGAAAAUUCAUUAAAAAAUCUAAACCUAAAAGGUACGAAACAAAAAGUAGUCCCUGAAUGUAUUAGAGGUCUCCGUAAUUUGGCAUUUUUAGAUCUCUCUCAGAACAGCAUUAGAGAAUUGCCGAGCCCCGAGGGAAAAAAUUCAUUCGAAGGAUUAGAUUCCUUAACAGCUCUAAAUCUGGAAAGAAAUCUUAUUGUAACAUUAAGAAAAGACGCAUUCUUAGGAAUAAAGUCUACGUUAACUUCCCUAAGCCUUUUAAACAAUCUUCUACCAGAAUUCCCGACAGCAGCUAUUGGCACAUUGACUGAUUUGAGAGUACUCGACAUAGGGUUCAAUUUGUUGAAUAGACUACCCACGGAUGCAUUUUUAAAUAAUCCAUCUAUAACACUCUUGGCUUUAGACGGAAAUCCAUUACCUACCGUCCCUGUAGAAGCUUUUGUUCAUCUUAAUCAAACUUUACGCGGAUUAAGUUUAGGAGGCCGAUUUUUAAAUUGUGAUUGUAGAUUACGAUGGAUUACUGAAUGGAUACGUAAUGGGGAGCUUCAAGUUACUUCUCGUGAACGUAACCCACAAUUUUGUGGACAUCCUGCUAGUUUUCGAGAACGAGGCUUUUAUAGUUUCGAACCAAAUGAAUUGAUAUGCGAACACGAAACAACAACAACGCCGCAACAAUCAUCAACAAACAAAUUAAUAAUUGAUUUAAUACCAAAUCCUACAACGGCUUCAAGCACGACUCCUCAUGAAACUAUCAUAAGUUCAUCGACAGAAUUUGCCAGUUCAACUUAUACCAAUAAUCAAACACCGUCCAAAACAAUAACCGCUCAGUCUACAUUAACGAACACAGUCAAACCGGAUCGCAUCCCGUCAGUCAGGCCAGCUGCACCAACUUGGCGACACGCGCCUAAUCAACGGCCGCCAUUAAUAAUGAAUUUCCCUCAACAAAAGUCUAAAAUAGACGAUUCAAAGGAGGUCAUAGUGAAAAACGCAUACAGGCAAGACAACUCUGUAGUGAUACAUUGGGAUUCAGAUGUUGCAAAUAUUCUCGGAUUUCGUGUGGUGUAUCGUCUCUUUGGAGACAAAAGUUUCAAACAAGGUCCUCCAUUAGAAGCCAGCGAAAGAGAAUUUAAAAUUAAAAGCGUCCCAUCUCAGGAAUGCAUAGUGGUCUGCGUGAUCUCCCUAGAGGAGGUUAACGUCAGUCCAGAGACAGUACCGUACUCGCAAUGUAGAGAAGUGCGCACCGUUUCGGCGGCCGCCUCCAACAUGGACAAGAUCACGAUCGCCGCCAGCGCCGCCAUCUGCGGCACCAUAGUCGUCGCCGUGCUGAUCUUCGCGGCCGCCUCGCGUCGCCGAUCUCGGACCGUGCAUCGUCUGCACACUCAAACAGAAAAGCUGCCCAACCCUUGCUGCGGCGGCCUCACGGGCACGCCGAGCCCUAAUGGCCCGCUAUCCUCAUUAGCAACGCUCGGUGCUUUUGGGAAACAGCGUGAGUGGGAUCAAGUGUCGGCUUACAGCGCAAGGUCUAUUCCGCGCGCACGCACAUACACUGAGCCAGCCCACCCCGACCCGCUGCCCGGCCGCCCGGGGCGUACCCGCUCACUCGCAGACGGCCAGUCACAGCACAGCUACUCCCAGUCUGGCCGAUAUGGAGCCCCUGGAUACCCAGGCAGCCUAUUAGGAUCAAGAACUGAUCUUCGACAAUCGCGCCAGUCGCUAGGAGCUGCUUCUGAGCGAGCAUCGCGACUGUCGCUGAGCGGCGCGGCCGGCGGCGCGACGGGCGGGACCUCAGGCUCGCGGAGACGACCACGAUCGCGCUCGCGCCCCGCCAGCCGCUACAGCGUUGGCUCCAUCGGGAUGGGUUACUGUGACACUUCGGACAACUGGACUGAUCACGACAUGGACAUUUACAUGGCUCGAAACCCCACGACACGGGGAGGGCUGGUGCCUUUAUAGCGUGCAGGAAGCACGGAGCGGGGAGACGAGACGUCGCACGCGCAUUGCUCGCCAUCGCGGACAGCCAGCACGAGCUAUAUCACGUCGUGUGCACAUAAAACCCGCCCGAGGAGCCACUGGCACCACCACUACCACCGCCACAGCCGCCAACUUCAACGGUCGCGACGCAGGUGCUCACGACAACAGGAAAGAUAGUGAACAGGUCAACCCUUAGAUAAGUUUUUCGUUACCGCUAACUGCCGGAAUGAAGUAUGUACUUACGAAGACUGCUCAAGAUUAUUGUAAAUUAGUCUAAUUAAAGGUUACAUUCAACACUUUUGAAAAUCUUAUUCUACUGGCAAAACUAUGUUAAGAAAUAGAAUUUUACUCGCAAUAGAUCGCGUAUUGUAUCAACGAAUCUGUGGCAAACACUUCAGACGUUAAAUACCUUCCUUGGAAGACCCCGCCUUAUAAUUUCGGGAAUCCAGUUAGAGAGAUAAAAUACGUAUAAUUUCAUGAUAAUGUUUGGACAAAGCUAGUCACGAUUCUCAAAUACGUUUGCAAAUUGGAUCUAAUUUCCUUUCUACAAAAUAUGAUAAAACUGAUAUAAAUAUGUAUGGAAAAUAACACAGUUUCUUUGUCAAAGUAGAUAGCUAUAUGCGAUAUUAAUUAUUGUUCAAUAGGUGAAUAUUUAAGAGACUGUACAUAUUAGAUAAGGUAGAUAUUAAUGUGAAAAUUACCAAAUGCAAUGAGGAGUAAUCCGAAUGGUGCUAUUUUCUAAAGUAACCAUUCCAAUUAUGUACAUAAGUAUGCAGUUAUAUUUUUAAAAGUGUUUAUUAUUUGUAUAAAAACUAUUAAUUAUUAAAAAUAUUAUGUAAAGGUAAUUAAAAAUGUAAUUUUAUUA